AUGGAGCAGGUGCCUGCUGUGUCGCCGGGCAAGGCUGACCCGGCUCUCUGCGGGGACAAACUGGAGAAGCGAGGGCUCUGUGCCCACGUCUUUUGCCUGCUUUUUGCCAACGAGCUUUUUCAGCGAGGGGACAGGGAAGCAGGACUCAUGGGAUUUCUCCCCGAGGAUAUUCGACGUACAAUCGCGCGGGCAGCGCAGAAGCACUGCUUCGUCUGUGGCGAGAGCGGGGCCGCCAUCUCCUGCUGGGAAAUGGGCUGCGACCGCAGCUUCCAUCUCCCCUGUGCCGUGGAGGGUGGAUGCGUCACCCAGUUCGCUCUUCGGUACAGGGCCUACUGCUGGCAGCACCGCCCAGAGCAGGCAGUGGAGGCGGCUCCGGAGGAGAACACCACCUGCCUCAUCUGCCUGGACCUCGUGGAGGAGAGAAAGUCCUACGGCACCAUGGUGUGCCCAGCGUGCAAACACGCCUGGUUCCACAGGGGCUGCAUCCAGGUAGGAGCCGUCCCCUCGCCCCCGGGCACGGCAGGCGCUCGGCAGCACCAGGGCCUCGCUCAUGCUCCUUAUGUUCUCCUCCUGCAGGGACAGGCUCUGUGCGCCGGCAUUUCUUGCUUCCAGUGCCCACUCUGUAGAGAUAAGGAGCUCUUUCUCUCGGAAAUGCUCACCAUGGGCAUCCGAAUCCCCUUCAGACUGCCAUCGUGGGAGAACAGGCGUGCAUACGCAGCACUAAGUGAGAGGCACAGCCGCUGCGAUGCCAGGGAGUGCCUUUGUCCAGGAGGCAGGGAGCAGGCAGAGGAAGAGGGGCCCUGGCAACUGCUCCUGUGCUGCUCCUGCGCUGCCGAGGGCACCCACAGACGCUGCUACCUGAGGAGCAGCACGGCCAGCUGGGAGUGCGACGCGUGUGCUGGCCUGGGCACCGCCUCCAGUGCCAGCUCGGAGCUCGCCGGCCCCAGCGCUGCCGGCCAGGCAGGAUCGGGGCCUUCCCACGGCUCGCCGGCACCCGACACCAGCAGCCCCAGCACCGCCAGCCAGCUGCCAGCGGGGUCCUCCUGCGGCUCCCCAGCGCUGGAGACCAGCAGCCCCAGCACUGGGAGCCAGGCGGAAUUCGGGCCACCCCACGGCUCCCUGGCACCGCAGACCAGCAGCCCCGGCAAUGCAGCAUCAGGGCCGUCCCAAGGCUCCCCAGUGCUUGAGGGCAGCAGCCGCUCCAGCCCCCCUGGGCCCGACCGCGUGCGAAACAGCUCCCGCUUCCAACGCCGGGCCCAACAUCCCUACAGCCGGCCCGGAAGAUGCCACGACAGGAGCCGUGCGCCAGCACCAAGUGCUGAGAGCAGCACCCCCAGCCAGGCGGCGCUGGGGCCGUCCCACAGCUGCCCGGCACCCAAGACCAGCAGCCCCAGCACCGCCAGCCAGCUGCCAGUGGGGUCCUCCAGCAGCUCCCCAGCGCUCGAGAGCAGCAGAAGCUCCAGCCCCCCUGGGCCCGUGCGGGUGCGAGACCGCUCCCGCUUGCAACGCCGGGAGCAAAACCCCUACAGCCGGCCCGGACGCCGCCACGGGACCAGCCGCUAUAACCCGUUUCCCACCCUCGUUGCCCAGGUUCGGCGUCCCUUAACCUACGGUUUUCCUCCUAGGGAGGGCGCUGGAGCGGCAGUUCGCAGAGCAGUGGCGGGGGGGUUGCGGCGCUGCCAGUUCGAGUACGCCUGGGGACUGGUGGGGAGCCCCUACGGGAACGACGUCGCCCGGGGGGUGGCCCUGCUCCAAGAGCUGCCCCCCGCCGCUGGCGAAGAUGGACGGAUGGAUCCACGGAGUGAUGCCCGCGACUUUUCUGGGAAUGCUGUCCCGGAGCCCGGCCACAACUAG